AUGGUAUUGUUGAAAGCCAGUGUGAUAAAACCUUUUACAACGAGAUCCACUACCACCGGCGACUCCCGCCAGCCUCACCCUCCACUUCCGGCGGCCACCACCAGUAGGAAAAAUCUCCUGGGCCCAGCAAUGACACCGCCAUCGGCACCGUUACCGACAACCAAGGUGAUGUUUCCGAUGUCGUCAGAUUCUGUUCCUUCGACAAUGCUUCCUCGAUCAUCGAAUCGAGAUGAGAUAGAUACUAAUGAGAAAAAUGAGGUAUGGAGUGGAUACAAUGGAGAUGAAGAAGAGGUAUCGAGUGGUUCUUCUAAAAAAGAGUGUGAUGAGAUAUGUACUAAUGAAGAUGGAAAGGAGGAAAUAGAAAAUUUUGAAGAUAGUGUUGAGCAACCAAAGGAGGGAAUGAUAUUCGACACACCAAAUGAUGCCUAUCUAUAUUACUCAAGAUAUGCUAAAGAAAAUGGGUGUGCUGUGGCUAAAAGAACUAACAAGAAGGAAAGAGAUGAAAACUUGAGAAAUGUUACUUUUCAAUGUUGUCACGGUAGAAAGGCAAAGGUCAAUACAACCAAUCCGGUCAAACCACGGCCACAAACAAAAAUUGAGUGUCCGGCUCGCCUUAAUUUUGCUAUAUGCCCGGAUGGAAAGUGGAGGUUAAAUCGGGUUGCCUUGGAGCACAAUCAUGAAUAUAGCCCGGGAAAGUUAUAUUCUUCAUGGUGUGAAUCUGGCACUUUGUUAUUUUUCUAA